AUACUCUGGAACACCUAAAAAGGGAUAUGCAUUAAGAGAAAGAAAUUAUGAUUCAACAGGAAACAAUGCAAAUGCAUUAGAAGUAUUUGACACAGAAAUAGCAACUAUAAAUUGUUAUUUUAGAUCCAACUUAGACAAUGCAAAUGAUUUAAAAGAUGCAACAAAUUAUCCGAUAAAAGGAAUAAAUUACUUACAAGCAGCAGGAAACUGGCAUGCUUCAGCAACAGCCGAAGGAACAAGGGUAAACCCAAAUGUUACAGACACAACACAACAAAAAGGAUUCAGAGAC